AUGCCACCCUCAAUCACAUCCGAAAAGAUUACACUUACCUAUCCUAUAUUCUGCGCCGCCUUUGUUGAUGAAGCCCGGCUUCUUGUUGGUGGUGGUGGAGGGGAGGGGAGAAGCGGUGUAGGCAAUAAGAUUACUCUUCUUGAUGUUUCUGAACCCCCUACUGUGAAAAAAUCUCCAACCGAUGUAUCGAUCAAGGUGUUAGCGGAAAUAGAACUCAGCAAACAAGAAGACGCUGUUAUGUCACUUGCUGUGGUUCCCAAAAAUUCGUCUUUAUCACCAUCAGAAGAGAAAUCUCACCAGUCAAAGAAGCGGAAAACGGUCCCACCCAAUGACCCAUCAACGAAUACGAGCGAAACACACGAGACAACAUUAGAUGAGUGUGAGGAAAGAAGCUGGUUGGCGUUGGCCGGUAUCAAUUCAUCAGAAAGUGCGCAGCAAGCGGGGAAAAAUGACCAUUUUCGCGUUUUCAGAGUGUCCGCCGAGACUCCCGACUCGGCAUCUAUCUCUCUUGCUUCACAACAUGAGUUUUUUAGCUCUACUGUUGAUGUCGGAAGCUAUCAAAGAUUGAUACGUACGAAUGGUUCAGUAGCUGCAAUCGGUAGUGGUGCUGGGCUAGUAAGCAAAGCAGCGUCGGAAGUUGUGAUUCUCGAUACCCCUAGCCUAGACAUAAAGAGACGGAUACGGCUGCCUGGGAAAGAAGAGUGCGCAGAUCUAGACUUAUCUGCGGGUGGGCUUGUAGUGUAUUGCACUGCGAAGGAGAUUUUCGUUACAUCUACUAUAGGGAAAGAUGGUGGUGAACCCCCCCGAAAGAUUACUUGGCAGUCGUCUACCUCAAUGAAAGGAAGCCUCCGCUCUGUGCGUUUCUGUGGUCCAGAGUGCAUUGUAGCAGUCUUGAACCAUCCUGCGCGCACUGGCUCAGAGCUUCUCCUUAUCGACAUCACCGGCAGCGGCAAAUGUCUUGCACGAAAAAAUCUUCAUAAAAAUGUUAAAGCUGCGACUGCAAUGGAUGCGAUCUCACUCGGGCCCCAUCAAACUAUUGUUUCCAUUGCUGGUGCAGAUCAAAGCGUUGAGGUUCUCGUUGUCGAGAACUAUAAGAUUGCAACAGUCAAAACAUUCCGCGAAGUACACCCUUUCCAGAUUACAAAAGUUGCAUUUUCCCCCGUUCCUGUUGCCCACGAACAUAUACAGCUUGCAAGCACGUCUAUAGCCAACACGGUUGUCGUUUUCACACUUCCACUUGUCUCAGGACACAACGGGCAUCGCAGUCUCCUCCGGGGGAGCUCUAUAGUAAAACAGACCUUCCUCUCAGUUUUCCUAUCUUUGAUAGGAGUCGUUAUAUUUGCUGUUGUUUUGCAGCUUAUGUUUGAAGCGCGUGCUGGGUUGCCACUGCCAAUGGAACGAAAUGCUAUCUUGUCGAGAUUUAAUGAGGUUCUCGGAGCGAAGACGGCAGAGACCGCAAUGCCAGAAGUUGAAGAGCCAUUUAUGGUUUUGAAAGAGGUUGAAAACGGCGACGAUAACUUAGUCGAUAUUGUCGAUGAUGUUUCUGGUGCAUACUGUUCAAGAGGUAGUCUCGGAGAGCCCUAUUACUGA